AUGGACCUUUCCUCUUUACCUACAGAUGAUAAUCUUGACGACAAAAAGAGAGCAGCAGUUUUAUUAAGUCUGCAAGAAAUUGUACAGAAACAAAAAGAAAAUGUAAAGGUUAUGGAUAUUUGUUUUAAUAAGUGUGUUUCAAAAAUUGGACCAAAAUUAAGUUCAAGUGAACAAAAAUGUAUAUGGGAUUGUGCGAAUAGCUAUUUUUAUACUAACGUUUUCUUAAAUCA